ACAUAACCUCAAAUUUCCCUUACGGGAAGUUUACGUUGUGGUCGAGUUCCGAGGGGGUUUUUAUUAAAAUGCUUAAAAUCCUACAACCGGGGCGCCCCAAACGGUUAGGCGGUCUCUUAAGCGAGUGUUUGUGCCGCUAUUCCAGCGAUAACACCGAUAAAAAACCCCCGGGUUCGGGCGAAAAUCGGGGUCAAGCGGUCCUGGUCAAGACACCCCCGGGGGAAAAAGCCCCGAAAAAACCGGCGGAUUUUACCAAAGAGGACCUGCAAUGGAGGAAACCGUGGCACGAGAAGCAGUUUCAGUAUUAUGACACCUUGAGGACGUUUUACUCGGAGGAUAAUAAUGCCUCCACUCUGGCCUGGAUACAACAACCGAUAAACCUUUCACCGAAGGCGAUAAAAAAGUGGUGGGCCAGAAAGAAGGAUUUCGAAGAGAGGUUUAUGCAGCAGUACAUUCCUGAGAGGCACAAUAUUUUAGGUCCUGAACUGGCUGCCGCCCAUUUCAUAGUUUACCGAGGGGGAGCGGUGAAGUUCCACGACGAAAACAAAUGGAUCAAAGCAAUAGACGGUCACUACGAACUCCCCGAUCGUUACAAGAAAGGGAUGCACCUCCAAGCGAUCGAUUGUACGGACAUGAAUCUCCGUUACGAGGGUCUGGAUAACCUCAGAAACUUAAAGAACCUGGAGUGGUUGAGCUUUAACUCGUGCAAACAUAUAGACGAUUGGUGUUUGGACGUUAUCACGAACGUAUUCUCGCACAGUCUGCUCUAUUUGGAUCUGAGGAAUUGCUUCAAGGUGACCGAGAGGGGGCUGGGGGCGGUGUAUAAAAUGCCCCAUUUGAAGGUGCUCUAUUUGGACGAUUUGCUAAAAGACACGCGGUACGAGAUGACGUGUUUGCUGUUGGAGGAGCUCAAUCCGCAGUUGACCAUCAAAAGUGACGUGAUUGAUUUUGAAAUAAAAUGAUUUGUAUAAAGCUGUUUCAGUAUUUGGAUAAUAUUAAUUAAAUUUGAGAUUUUUAUAA